UGCUUUGUCACAACUGCUCGUUGCUAUAGCGACCUGGCUGGGCAGGACCGCUCGCGACCGGCAGCUGCUGCCUGAAGGCUGUGGCCACUGGUGAGCCAGCGAAUGCAGCACCCUCCAAGCCCUCAGAAGCAGCCAACAUGCCAGUCACCAAGUGUCCGAGAAAGUCAGAGCCCCUGUGGAAGUGGUGGGAUUGGAAAGCCCAGAAGAAUGGCCUGAGGCACCAAGUGUAUGCUGUGAACGGAGACCACUAUGUGGGUGAGUGGAAGGACAACCUGAAACAUGGGAAAGGAACACAGAUCUGGAAGAAGACGGGCGCAAUCUAUGAAGGGGACUGGAAGUUUGGGAAGCAAGAUGGCUAUGGCACCCUCAGCCUUCCUGAUCCAAAGACGGGCAAGUAUAAGAGACUCUACUCAGGCUGGUGGAAAGGUGGUAAGAAAUCGGGCUAUGGGAUCCAGUUCUUCGGAUCCAAGGACUAUUACGAAGGUGAGUGGUGCGCCAAUCAGCGUAACGGGUGGGGCCGUAUGUACUUCAGCAACGGCGACAUCUACGAGGGACAGUGGUGGAAAAACAAGCCUGAAGGGGAGGGCAUGUUGCGGCUGAAGAACGGGAACCGAUAUGAGGGCUACUGGGAGAGAGGCAUGAAGAAUGGGCACGGUCAUUUUUUCCACCUGGACCACGGCCAACUGUUUGAAGGCUUCUGGGUGGAUGAUGUGGCCAAGUGUGGCACCAUGAUUGACUUUGGCCGUGAUGAGGCUCCUGAGCCCACCCAGUUCCCCAUUCCUAAGGUAGAAAUUCUAGACCCUGAUGGUGUGCUGAAGGAAGCCUUGGCUAUGUUCAUGAAGUCAGAGGAGGAAGCAAACUGAUGCCAGAUGAGGAGAUAGAACUUCAAGGCUCAGAAGAAACUCAAGCUCUUGUCACCCAACUGCUCAGACCGGUGUGGCUCCUGCAGGAAGAGCAAGCAGUAACUCUGGGCACACCCUUGACUCUUUCAGAGGGUACCCUACUCCUAUAGACACUAGGUCUUUUUUACAAAUGAAGGUGAGGCAGUGCUUCUCUCUCUUGCUGGCCUUUUAGGAGCCAGUUGUUAAAGCCUUUGCCUUAUGACUUUCUAUCACAGUGCAUGAGAAUAAAGAACCUGGUGGCCUUA